UAUAAAUAGAAUAUAAUAAAGUUCCUCAUUAAUCAUUCAAUAUCAAUUAACAUGCAAGCCUGUAUUAAAUUAUUGAUAAAUUUAAUAUAUGAACGUAACAUAACACGAAAUACGAUUUAAAUCUAUUUAGUUGUAACUUUCAUAGUGAAAGAACAUAAUCAUGAAGUUGCUUUACCCUUCUAAUAUUUACCAAGAGUCUUGGUUAUUGCUGAGUAUAACAAUAUUAUUAGGUUUAUAUCCUAUCAAAUUUUUCACAAGUACAUUGCCGAAUUAUAUACAUGUUUUUGUAUUAAUAAUGCUUUAUUGGUUUGGUUAUGGCGUAAUAAUAAGGCAUUAUGUAGCUGCCUUGUUUUAUAAAUUUCGAGACAUAAAUCAUACAUUUCUUAUCAGAUAUCUCCGAAUUCAAAUAAAUUUCUUUCUGUGUCCUAUGAUAAUAAUUUCAAGCAUGCGCCAGUGUUUAAAACUAAAAGAAGUAUUCAAACAAUUAGAUAUCGUUGAUAAAAAUGUAAAGUUCUUGAAUAUAGAGAUCGAUCACACUUUGUGUAUGAAGAAUGAUAUCGUCAGAAUUACUACUACGAUAUUUAUAGUACUAAUGUGCAAUUUAAUAGAUUAUUAUGGAUUAUUAGACAACGAUUCAGACUUUCAAUAUCUUUUGAUGUGGAUAUUAGAUCGACUACCUGACUUUGUUUGUGCGAUAGUAAUAUGUUCUUUUACUGUAUUUAUGAAUAAAAUCGAAAUUAGAUUUAGACAAAUAAAUACGAUAUUAAAUGUUAUUACGAAAGGAAAACAUUUCAUUUCAAUUUCUGAGAUGUCUGAUAUGAACAACGUUUCUAGAUACAAAUUAUUAAAAUGGCUUCGAUUUGAAUUACGUAGAACCGUGUCACUCUUAAUUGAAGCACAUACUUUUCGAUUCAAUCUCUUGACAGUAAUAUACGUUGCAUAUAUAUGUCUACACAUGUGUAUCUUCUAUAAUCAUACCCUUGACAGUUUUUAUUUAAUUGAUAUAGCAUUAAGUUUUAUAUGGGGUAUCGUUGAUUUAAUCAAACUUGUCUACAUAAUUUAUUCAUAUCGCAGUUUGACAAUAGAGCAUAGUUAAAAAUGAAUAAGAAUAUGCAUUAAAUCCAAUUAUCAAAUUUUGAGGAUUGCUCGCAAUUUCUUAAAAUCAUGCGUUCGUCUAGAUACCAACUGAUUAACAAUAAAUUACAAAGCGUACUAUCUUUCGUCAAAUAGAUGAAAAUUUUCAAUUAAUUAUUUAUUACCCACC